AUGGCAGGAAGACAAACAGGAGAGAAUCCAAGACCUGGGAUGAAACAAAUUGAAAAUGAGAGUAGCAGGCUUAUUACAUUUUCAAAACGUAAAUCCAGCAUCAACAAAAAGGCAAGCGAGCUCGUGACCCUUUGCGGGGCGGAGGCCAAAUGUAAGCAGCUCAACCAACAGCAUGAUGAGCUCUACAAUCAAAUCAAAGCUGAGAAGGCGCAAGGCAAAGCGUUGAAGCGACUGACCAAAGGAAAAAGCGAUGCGGCAUGGUGGGAAGCUCCCAUCGAAGAGCUCAAUCGGGAAGAACUCUACCAAAUGAAGGGGCGAAUGGAGGAGCUUCGGCGGAGCUUGAAGAGGUCGAUCAAUCAAAAGACUCAAGGAGAGGCAUCCGGAUCCUCUCAAGGGCAGGAGUUGGAGAAAUAA